UUGUAUUAAAAUCUACUUCCGGAUUUGUGUGUACACAGUAAACUAAAAAUAUCUAGCCUAAGCCUAGCUUUAGCUUGCUUAUUCAUUAUUUCAUGAACCAGUUUUGGUAGGCUGUGUAGGAAAAUCCGUAUUGCAUAAUUCCACAGGCUGAUUUUAUAGAAAAAACAAACCAUGAGUUACCCUCCAUAUGGUGGUGGCUACCCCCCUCAGCAACCCGGCGGAUAUCCAGCUCCGGGUGGAUAUGGAGGUGGACCUGGUUAUCCACAGCCUGGAGGCUACCCUCCUGCCGGUGGUAUGGGUAUGCCAACCCCUGAAUCUGCUUCUGCUGCUGCAUAUGGUAGUGCCCCUGGUGGUCUCCCAUAUGCUCCACAACCAGGUGGAGCACCAGGCUCUAUAGGUUUUAAUAGUGGCUACCCAGCCCAGCCUGGCUAUCAGCAGCAACCAGCUAGUGGAUAUCCAGCUCAGGGCUACAAUCCACCCCCACCCGGUGGAUACGGUGGAGCAGCUCCACCUUACGGACAGACACAGGGUUCGGCUCCCCCACCAAGUCAGUAUGGAGCCGGAGUCGGAGGUCCAGCCCCGGGGUACGGCGCCCCUCCCGCUGCCGGCUAUGGUGCCCCGCCCGCACAGGCGGGUCAGUACGGCGCCCCCGCAUCACAGCCUGGCGGGUAUGGAGCACCUCCUGCGGGAGGCUAUGGCGCACCACCCGCGGGGGGUUACGGUGCACCCCCAGCAGCAGGGUAUGGUGCCCCGGCCGGUCAGCCUGCUGGGCAGUAUGGUGGUUAUGGGGCUCCCGGUCAAGGUCAGGGUCAAUACGGAGGAGCAGGGGGAAAUUAUGGCAAUGUUCCAGGGCCUGCAUCUUAUAAAAUAUAUGAGGAAGGAACUUUGAAGCCAUUCCCAAAUUUUAACGUAGAACAGGACGUUCAAAUACUGAGAAAGGCAAUGAAGGGUUUAGGAACUGAUGAGAAAGCUAUCAUAGAUGUCCUGGGUAACCGCUCAAAUGACCAGAGACAGAAGAUAAAGCUGAUGUACAAAACUUGUUUUGGUCGGGAUCUAGUGAGUGACCUGAAGAGUGAGCUUGGUGGCAGGUUUGAAGACGCCUCUGUGGCGCUAAUGAUGCGACCUGAUGAACUUGAUGCCUAUGAGCUUCGCCGCGCAAUGCGAGGUGCUGGUACAGAUGAGGCAGCUCUGAUAGAAAUCCUCUGCACCAGAACAAAUGACCAGAUCCAUGCAAUAACAGCUACAUACAAACUCAUGUAUGGAAGAAAGCUCGAGGAUGACAUCAUUAGUGAGACAUCUGGACACUUCAGGAAGUUGCUGGUCUCUAUGUCUGUGGGAGGCAGACAAGAAAAUAUGCCAGUUGAUAUCAACAAAGCCAGAACUGAUGCACAGCGACUGUACCAGGCUGGUGAGAAGAGAUGGGGAACAGAUGAGAACACAUUCAACAUGAUCCUGGCCUCUCAGAGCUACGAGCAGUGCAGGGCUGUGUUUGACGAGUACAGCCGCAUCUCCAAGCAUGACAUAGAGCAGGCCAUUAGGAAUGAGAUGUCUGGAGAUGUGGCAACAGGGAUGUUAACAAUAAUUCGUAUGAUUAGAAGCAAGCAUGGGUAUUUUGCUGAACGUCUCCACCAAUCAAUGAAGGGUCUGGGUACAGACGACAGGACUUUGAUACGCAUCAUAGUGUCCAGGUGUGAGGUGGACAUGAAGCAGAUCAGGGAUGAAUUCCAGAAAAGAUUUGGGCAGAGUCUUGAUGCUUUUGUGCGGGGUGAUCUAUCUGGUGACUACCGCACAUUGAUGCUGGCUCUAAUCACCCCUCACUAACGGAAGUUUCUCUUGGUGACGUGUCUGGAGACUACCGUAUGUUGAUGCUGGCUUUAAUCACCCCUCAUUAAUCGAUGUCAGGCUGCAAAGAAAAUAGAUCAUCAGAGUCUAGAAGGGUUUUUUAAUCAUUUUGACUGGAGCAUUUUCGUUGAAGAAUGCCAACACAAUUAUACAAGUGAACUUUAUUUACCAGUUUUUAAUCUAUAUUUUCAUAUAUGCAAAUUUCUGAGUUUGUUUAAUCCAUGCGUAGAUUCUGUAUGGUAAUAAAUGUUUUGUUGUUUUAAUUAUGGUGUCAUCAUAUUUUUUUUUGUAAAAUUAGAUGUAACUUUUUUUGGCUAUUUUUAAAAUUUGCUAACUAAUUUUAAAAUUAUAUUUUACUUGAGAAAGAUAGGGCAGGGAUGAUAAUGAUGAAUUAUGUUUUUGUUGCCUGUAGACAUUUAAAAAAAUUAUUUUUAAAAUUAUUAAAAUUAUUUUCACAAUUAUUGUUGGUAGAAAUUGGGAAAAAAAGAUUUUAACAUAGUUAUCUACCUUGAACCUUGCAACAUAUCUUACUUGGCUAGCUGGGUUUAGCAGCUGGAAGGAUCUAGAAUGGCAGGGUCACAAGUGUCAACAAUGGUAGAACUUCUUGAAGCCAACCAAUGUCAAUUGGCUAGCUGGGUUUAGCAGCUGGAAGGAUCUAGAAUGGCAGGGUCACAAGUGUUAACAAUGGUAGAACUUCUUGAAACCAACCAAUUUCAGUUGGCUAGCUGGGUUUAGCAGCUGGAAGAAUCUAGAAUGGCAGGGUCACAAGUGUUAACAAUGGUAGAACUUCUUGAAGCCAACCAAUGACAGUUGGCUAAGCUGGGUGUGUUUUUUAAUCCGAGAUCUCAAGGGAGUUGCAGUGUAUUUUAUUAGAUUUAGUAUCCCUCUUCGUUUACAAUUUCAAAUUAUUUCCUGAUAUUUUUACAUAACUUAACUAACCAACACUUAAUGAACAAUGCAAAAAAAACAAACAAAUCCAUUUAAUUAAACUAAUGGAUAGAAAGCAAAGAAGCGCAUAAAUAUUUUUUUGACUAAUGGCUUAGUUUUUAAAAAUAAUUUAUUAAUAUAAGUGAAAUCUUCAACAAUUGUGAUCCUCAUCUUUUUACAUUUAUUUGUUUUGUCUAUUUUUGCUACAAUCACAUUUAUUCAAUGCUUUUGUUCUAUUUAAUCCAACCAUUAGAAGCUCAAUGUGUGCUUGAAUGUUCUACUCCAUGUCAACUAUACUAUUCUCCGACACGGUCUUCAGAUAAUGUUUUCCUUUAUACUUAUUUGUACUGUAUGUUAAAUUAAAUUAAUCAUAUAAUAACCCUUUUAAAAUUAAUGUUGUAUAUGCUAUAUAAUAUCAGAUAUAUUCAAUACUUUUUCAUCUAAAAUUAUUUUCUUGCUCCCAAAAAUUAUUCAUAACAUUAAAUAAAUUUCUUACUGUUAGGUGUUAUUACUUCCAAGUUUUAAAUGUUAAAAUUCUGUUAUGUGAUGUAGUGUAGUUGAAACAUUUCUUUUUUUAGUGCCUUGCCAACUAUUUCCAAUGAACUAGGUUUGGUUGUAUGGAGAAACAGUUUCCUUAAAGGCUGUGUAAUGUUUAUUUUGAUUAUUGUUGUUGAGUGAUUGCUUAAGGAGGUGAACUUAGAUAUUCAAUCUUUGUAGCUUGUGUAAUCCAAGAUUAUUUUUUAAUUUAGUUGAAAUAAAUUAUAAUAAUUCUG